ACGCCUCUAAACGUCAGCAGGAAACAAGAGAAGCGUCCUUGGUGAUUGUGUUUGUAUCUUUCUGCCAGUUUAAGUGUAAAAUGCCCUUUUUUUAAAUAGCUGACAAUAAAAGCAGAAGAACCGGAUGAGAAACCGUUUCAAAGAGUGACCAUGACAGCACCUGCUGCCAUAGGAGGCCAGCUGAUCCUUGAAGAAGACUAUGACGAGAACUACAUCCCCUCUGAACAAGAGAUCCAGGAGUAUGCAAGAGAAAUUGGCAUCAGUCCUGACAAUGAGCCUGAGCUCAUGUGGUUGGCCAGAGAGGGCAUCGUUGCCCCUUUGCCCCACGAGUGGAAGCCUUGCCAGGACGUGACAGGAGACAUCUACUAUUUUAACUUUUCCACGGGACAGUCCACCUGGGACCACCCUUGCGACGAGCAUUACCGCCGCCUGGUAAACCAGGAGCGCGAGCGCUUGCAGCUGACAGCUGGGGGUGGAGAGGAGAAGAAGGACAAGAAGAAGAAGAAAGAAAAGAAGGAGAAAAGGGAGAAGAAGAAGAAGAAGGAGGUGAUGAAGGCUCCAACGACACUGACUUCACCUUUAGGGCCACAUGCCAGCUUGGGUCCACUCAGAGGUCUGGAUGCUCCAGGGAAAAGUCCUCUCUCUGGAUCAGUUCCAUCCCUCAGGGGGUCUCUUGGCAGCUCUGUGGGCCUGGAGCCCCUCAAAACAUUGCUCCCAGCUCCUCGAAGCAGCAAGGCAUCAAGUGUUUUAGGCACCAGGCAAGACGAGCGGGUGUCACUUACUCUGCCUGGUUUAGACGACGGUGAUGACGAAGGCAACAAAAUCUCAGACAAUGAGCCAAGUCUUCGUGGGUCAGACAGACUCCUGAAGAACCUCCACCUAGACCUGGAUGCUCUUGGAGGAGGCCUUUGCUAUGAGGACAGUGAUGCCAGUGAAGCAGCUCCAGCUGAGGAGCGGAUGGAGCCAGAGUUGCAAGAGGAGGCUUUUUCUAGGGAACAUAGCCCCGAACCACCAUCCCAGCAGGAAUUCGAGGCCAGAAAGAACAUUGCAGAGCCUUCUUCCUCCAUAGAUAUCAAGCUGUCACAGAAGGUUCUAGACAUCAGUGAUCUGUCUGGUACAAUCAGCCUGCUGGAGAAAGAUGACGGAGAGGAAACACAAGACGAUGUAGAGGAAAAUGAGGACAGAGGGAGGACAAACGCUGGCACCACUAAGAGUCUGAUCCUGCCCAAAGACACGGACAACCCUCCAUCCCAUAAAGUUGACCGACUUGUCCUCCACCAGUCCAACCUGUCCCCUACGCUCUCCAACUCCUCCAUCUCAGAACAAGGGGGCUCCAAUCAUCAGAAAGCACCGAGUCGUGGCACGUCCGUGGGAGUCCAGAGACCUGAAACCUCCAGGGGUCGGCCCGUCCGGAGUCUGGAUGGCCAACUUGAAGAUGCCAAACCUAUCUUGAAAAAGCAAGCAAGCACUUUUGAAGAAGAGGUGAGCAGGAGAUACAAGAAGGAAAGAGAGAAAGAAGAGGAGGCUGGGACCAGGGCAAAGAGGGAGGAAAGGAAUGUGAGACAAAGGCAGGAGGAAGAGGAGGAGAAGGAGCACUUGUUGAAGGAGAAGGAAAAAAGAACGUCUCUUCUCCAGGAGCAGCUGAAAAGAGACAAGGAAGAAGAAGAAAGGAAACUGAGGGAGGAGAGUGAAGAAAGACUGAGAGCGCUGCGGCAGCAUCUGCUGUCUAAGAGAAGGGAGGAGGAGGCGAGGCUGAACGAGGAGUUGGAUGGAAGAUUGGAGGAGCUAAGAGAGUCUGUCAAGAAGGAGAGGGAGGAGCAGCAACAAAAACUCAGGGAAGAGAGUGACCUGAUGGUGAAGGAGUUGCAGAUGGCUCUGGAGGAGGAAUGCACAGCAGCACGUAGUAAGCUGGAGGCCCAGAAGAAGCAGAACAUCGAACGUCUGAAGGCAGAAUCAGAGGAGGAGCUGCAGGCUGAGAAGAGGAGGCUCCAGAGAGAGCAGGAGGAGAAACUGAACUCUCUGAAACAAGAGGUCAGCAGCACGGAGAGGAGGAGGGAGCUGCUGAUGAGUCCACGACCUGAGCAGCAGCUGGCAGAGUACCACAGAGAGCUGUCCGAUGUGCUCCAGGAAGUGAGAGACGAAGUGCAGCGUGAUCACGACAGCAAGCUGGAGCAGCUGAGGGACGACCACAGGAGGGAGAUGAACAGCGUCCGAGAGAAAUACCUGGACGAGGAGACGGCUCUGAGGGAGCGAUUGCUGCGCACUCUGCAGGACGACCGAGAGCAGCUGCAGGCAUCACAUGCCGUCCAGCUGGAGAAACUCCGCCUGCAGCUCGACGCACAAACGCAAAAGACUCAGCUGGGGCACUCGCGCAAGGAAUCAGAACUGCGGGAUCUGUCAGAUCGGCUGGAGUUAAGAGAGAAAGAACUGAUGAGCCAGGAGGCCACGCUUCAAACCAAGGCAGCAGAUCUAAAGAAGAGGAGGAAGAAGCUUGGGGAAGAAGAGGAGGAUUUAGACAGACGACUAGAGGCUUUACCUCGGCUGGUCAAAGAGAGAGACCAACUAAAGGAGGAGCUGCACAGAAUGAGGGAGGAGGUGGCACAAGCUCGAGAACUUGCCCACAGAGCCAGAAUGGAGAGGAAUGAAGCCAAGGAGGCAGAGGAGAGACUGAAGAAGGAAAGGGACAAAACCAGAGAGGAGAGCAAGAGAGCCAGGGAGGACAAGGAGCGACUGGAGAGCAAGGUGAUUGUGCUACAGGAGAGAUGUGAGCACCUCAACAGCAGAGUCAGAGAGCUGGAACAAAAUGGAGGAGGGAACACUUCCCCCAAGCCAGAGCAGGACAGAAAGAAGGCUGAGAAGAAGAGAAGAUCCUCUAGUGAUUGGAGAGACUCAUCACUACAUGUGGAGGACCUGAAGGAGCCGUCUCUCUCCCCUGGACCUGACAGCCAUAGCAGCAUGGACGAGUUUCGGCGUUAUGUGUCCUCACACGGCACCUCCAUCCAGAAGACCAAAGUCUUCCUGCAGAGAGAGAGCAGCCGUCUGAUGGAGAGACAGGCAGCUCUGCAGGCAGCACAGACGAGCAGCUCUCAGGACCCCACACUGGGAGGACUGACGGAGGAGAUGAUGAGCACCCUCCAGCAGGAGUCCAGAGACGUGGCCGAGCUGCAGCGGACAGUUCAGAGAGGAAACUCCCUGCUCAGGAAGAAGGAGGAGCAGCUGCAGCAGCUGGAGAGCUCCAUGGCUGAGCCCGUGUUUGAUGAUCCGUCUCUUCUGGCUGAAGACAGAAAGGUAACGUUUGAUGUGAGCGAGUCAGACAUCAGCAGCACCACAGAGCCACCGCACGGCACAGGUCAUCCCUCUGUCCCGGCCAAAGUCCAGCAGCUAGCAGAGUCCCUGCAGCAGAUCUCAGGCCAGCUCAACACGGUUCUGAGCGCUCUGGGUUCACUGGCCCCGGGGGAGAGCAGCACACCUUACACCCCUCUCUCCACACUUCACUCCAGACUACCUCCCACCUCUGUGUCAGUUCUUCCCCAGACUCACAGCUGGGCCCCCAGCUCCUUCGUCCCUCCUCCAGCUGCGAGGCUCCCGGAGCCCCUCUGGAGCUGGGGGCCUCAGAGCAGCUCUCCUCUCUUCAGCAGCCCCAUCGGCAGCAGCCUGAGAGCCUCAGAGGACCUCAUUAACAGCAGAUGGAGACAGAUAUUCCCUGGAGCAGCUGUUGAUCCGAAGACCUCCCCAGCUUACCCAUCACACACUCCUGUCAGCCUGAGGUCGGUGGAGGCGGACGGCCAGCGGCUGCAGGGACUGAUCGAUGGCAACAAGAGGUGGCUGGACCUGCGCAGGAAAGACACCAGCAUACCUCUGUUAACGCGCUACCAAGCCCCGUCCUCCAAGAGCAGCCUGGUCCAGCUGGGUUUGGACGAAAACAACCAGAUCAGAGUCUACCAUUACUGAGGACACGUCCCCCAGACUCUGACGGGGGGGGGGGCGUUAACGACGUGUCAGCGCCGUGAUGUUUUCAGAGACCUUCAGGGAAUCCUGCGACAGAGGAUGGAGGAUUUUAUUUUACGCCAAGUACAAUCACGCUCCUAAAACCGCAGCUGACAUCUGUCCCGUUGCCACAGAUGUUUCCAACGCACUCGAUGAAACGUCUCGUGGUUUGGCAGAAAAACAAAUGUUAAGAUCUGAUGAGUUUGUGAAGCUGUUAGUUUUUCUUUCUUAAUGUUUACACAGCAGGAUCCCAGUCCUGACUUUAAUAUGACUUUGUGCUCAUGUGUAUAUUUUU